GCUCUCCUCGUGCGGUUUUCCCCAUUUCCUGAAAUUUAGCUUGUUCCUCUAGUGACUUACCAACUUUGCAACUGAACUGGCAGUGCUGCUUUAUACAUGCAAUCUUGGAAUAUUAACCUCGAGGAACUGGAAUCUUCGUUUACUGCAACUGAGGUGACAGCACAUUUAAACAUUUGUCAUUUGAAAACCGGAAAGAAUGCGUACGAUGGGACAGUGGAACCAAAGGACCACCAUAUUGCUGCAAAGCGACCCCGAAAAGAGAAGAAAUUUCAAACGGUUACGCUUAGUUCCGGGCAGGGUUGUCUUCACGAGGCACGUUUUCUUCCAAUCCAACUAUUCUAUUACAGGUUGUUUAUCGAGCGGGAGAGCUUUUGAAGCCUCUGGUUCCUAUCUCGACACCUGCUCGUAUCUACCCGUUCACCUUAGAUUCCUUCCAACAACAAGCUAUUCUCUGCAUUGAUAACGGACGCUCCGUACUAGUUUCUGCCCACACUUCAGCCGGUAAAACGGUUGUCGCGGAAUACGCAGUGGCUCGAAGCCUGCAAGCAAAACAGCGUGUUAUCUAUACAACACCCAUAAAGGCCUUGAGCAAUCAGAAAUUCAGGGAAUUUACUGACGAAUUCAAAGAUGUGGGACUAAUGACUGGCGAUAUAACGAUUAAUCCGGAGGCUACAGUUCUGAUUAUGACUACGGAAAUUCUAAGAUCCAUGCUCUACCGCGGAUCCAACAUCACCCGGGAGGUCGGUUGGGUCAUAUUUGAUGAGAUCCAUUACCUUCGAGACAAAGAACGUGGUGUAGUCUGGGAAGAAACCAUAAUCUUACUUCCGGACGUCGUCGGUCUUGUAUUUCUCAGUGCUACUAUCCCCAAUGCUAGACAAUUUGCCGAAUGGAUCGUUUUCUUGCACAGUCGACCAUGUCAUGUAGUCUAUACGGAUUACCGACCUGUUCCACUGCAACAUUACGUGUUUCCAUGCGGCGGAGAUGGCAUUCACCUCGUCGUCAACCAGAAGCGCGAAUUUCUCGAAUCCAAUUUCAAUGCAGCCUUGAAUGUUUUACACAAAGCCGCCGGAGAAGCGUCCAGCGACAUGGAAAUGCGGGGCCGCCGCUCUGGAAGCAUUCGUCCUCAAACUUAUUGCUCCAAGCUAGUGAAACUGGUAUUGGACCAAAAUUUGGAACCAGUGAUUGUGUUCUCCUUUGCGAAAAUGGAAUGCGAAUACUUCGCCACUCAGAUGAACCGGAUGGAUUUCAAUACAGGGCUUGAGUGCGCAUUCCGAAAGCUUCACUUUUCUACCCUAUAUUAUACCGACUACGGGAGAGUAUUGUUUUCACGUUUAGUUGUACAACUACACGAGCAUAUUAUUGUAUACGAAAUUUCUACUUUCUUUUUAAAAACUCACAUUUUACCACACGCCUCUGUAGUUAUCGAUCCAUUGCAUUUGUUAGUGCCCAUUUCGUCCAGCUUUCUCCCCUUUUCUUUACUCAGCGUCAGCGAAUUUCUGAUAACUCGCUUUAUAGACUCGAUACUACGUGACCUUAAUUCCGCCCAAAUGCAACUGAAGAGUAAAGAGACUUUGUUUCACUUGGAUGAGUUGUAUGCACGGAAGCGUUUACUUAGAAGACUAGGGUUCUGUUCGGAGGACGAUACGAUCGCAUUUAAAGGGCGUAUCGCAUGCGAGAUAUGCACUGGAGACGAACUUAUGUUGACUGAAUUGAUGCUGGACGGAUUGUUCUCCUCCUUCACUCCAGUGCAACUUGCGGGCGUAAUGUCAUGCUUUGUCGCGGAACGAACUUCAACCAAACGCCAACUCGUCCAACUGCGCCCCGAUAUGGAGCAGGCGUUAAAGGCGAUCCAGGUUAAAGCCCGAUUCUUGGCACGCGCGGCCGCCGAAAGCCGCAUAAGCUCCUCACGCCUUCGGGCGGCAGAACCAGAUGGAACUGAGAAACCCAGUGUGCCUGAGGCUGGCGCACUUUUGAAUCAUCGCAUUGGUGUGCUAGACGAUGAACAAGCCUACGUGGAUCGGUUCUCUGGAGAGCUCAUGGAAGUGGUACGCGCUUGGGCACAGGGUGUCAGCUUUGCUCGUCUAUGUGAACUCACCAUGGUUUUCGAGGGUAGUGUGAUUCGCUGCAUGCGACGCCUGGAUGAGUUGCUGCGGGAAAUGCAUCUGGCGGCCAAAGUAGCGGGUAAUACAGAACUUGAGAAAAAAUUUCUCGAAACAAUGGGGCUCAUUAAACGGGACAUCGUCUUUGCAGCCAGUCUUUACUUAUGAAGCGUGCAUCUUUCCAGUGGAUCCAAUCACCAAUCAUGUACAGUGCAUUAAUACAAUACACGAAAUUCAUAGAGAUGAUUUGUGGUAUCACCACCUGCUUUUCCCUUGUCUA